ACAAAGACCUUCUCGAUACAAGGCGAUAAGAAUAAAGUGACUCAAAUCAACAAUUACAAUAGAACUUUUAUUGAUUUUUUUUAUUGUGUUAAUUUGUUUUCAUUGCUUGUGUAAAAGUAAACAAUUAUUCAUUUUUAUCACCCAACUAUUGAUACAUAUCUUGAUAAAAAUAAGUCCUUGCUGGUUUUAACCGUUGAUUAAAUAGAAACAACAACAGUUCAGACUUUUUUUUUUGCAAAACAAAGAGAUUUUUGCUUGUAUUGCUCUCAAUGUUCCAUGAUGGUCAGUAAAAACAAAAACAAAUGUCUUAAAUUUACUCAGUGUUUAUUUAAUCGGUUUCUCAACAACAGCAGCAGCAGCGGCAGUCAAAUUUGUCUAAUAAACUCCAAGAUUAUGAGUUCAGUUAGCAGAUAAAGAAAGACUGACUGGAACAUUUUUGUUUUAUAUACAAUUUUUUUUUGUCGCAGCAAUGUGUAUACAAAAAGACUAUGUACAUAUCAGUCGUCAGUAGCCAGUCAGCCACCCAGCCAGCCAGCCUUCCAAGUACAUACGAAAAUAUAUAAACUUGCAACCUUUGAUUUGAUCUUUAAACUAAUUUUUGCGCAAUAAUCUUAACGCUAUAUUGUGGUUCUCUUUUCUCGGAACUGGUCGGUCGUGUGUCGCAUGUCGUUGUGAUCGGUUGGUUUCCUGCCGCCACUGCUCUGCUCCUCUGCCACUGAAGUUCUGAAAAACUUAAUCCAUCGAUCGAUUUCCAGCAGGCAGGCUACUGCUCUUCAAUGUUUCAGUUUGCGGUGGGUGGUGAAUGUGAACGGGUCAAGUAGUGUGCUGAGGCCGUUUCUCGAAGUGGUGCGUAGAAUAAGAACAAAAGGCAAAAAAAAAACAAAACAUAAACAAAAGAUUGUGAAACGACCCAACAUAGCAAGAAAAUUGAAAAAGAAGACAAAAGAAAAAUAAAAACACUAAGCAACAGCGAUUGAUUGCAACGACGAGGAACUUGCCUUAUAUCUGCUGCUUGGUGGGACUGGUUUCUAGUUGGGAUUACAUCAACGGAAAUCGAAACGAAUAUUGCAACAUAUCCAGCUACUAGAAGCAGAAACGAACGCAUAGAAGUUGUGAAGAAAAAAAUGGCUGUGUUUUCGAAAUUCUCCGACAAAAUUGAUCAGCUUGGUCUUCCCAAGCCAGUGAUAACUCAUGCCCUUGUGGGAGCUGCCAUUAUGGCCUGGUCCCUGAAAAUGGCCGUACCCUUGUUGACAAAAAACAAACGAAAAAAUGACAAAUCCAACAAGAAGAUUGUGUUCCAGACCCAGGAAAGCGAUGAGGAGGAGAGUAAAUUGGCCGAGGCCGAAAAGCUAUUGGUGGCCCAAAAUCUUAAGAACAAAAAGUCUCAAGAGCCCGGUUUAAAUAAAGAAUUCUUCAAACAAUUGUCGCAAAUGAUAAAAAUCAUGAUUCCCCAACCUUUCAGCUAUGAGACAGGUUUGCUGGGAGUCCACACAUUGUGUCUGAUAUCACGUACCUUCCUUAGUAUUUAUGUGGCUCAGUUGGAGGGCACGAUUGUCAAGUAUAUUGUGCGCAAGGAUGUCAAGAAGUUCUGUUGGCUACUUUUGAAAUGGUUCGGAAUUGCCGUGCCGGCCACAUUUGUCAAUUCAAUGAUUCGUUUUCUGGAAAGCAAAUUGGCCUUGGCAUUCCGUACGCGUCUGGUGCGCCAUGCCUAUCGUUUGUAUUUCAAGAAUCAAAAUUAUUAUCGUGUCUCCAACUUGGAUGGACGUAUUGAAAAUGCCGAUCAUCGUCUCACAGAGGACAUCAAUGUGUUUGCCACUUCCAUUGCUCACUUGUAUGGCAGUGUAACGAAACCCUGCUUUGAUCUUAUGCUCAUCGGUUUGUCCCUGAUGCGUUCCACACAAAAGAUGGACUCGAACAUCUUUUCGGGUCCCCUGCUGUCGGGUUCGGUGAUCAUGCUGUCGGCCUAUAUUAUGAGAACAUUGUCACCUAAAUUUGGUCAGUUGGUGGCGGAAGAAGCAAAUCGCUAUGGUUAUUUGAGACACAUUCACUCUCGUAUCAUUACCAAUGCCGAGGAAAUUGCCUUCUAUGGUGGCCACAAAGUGGAGUUGCAGCAACUGCGUCAUGCCUACAACCGUUUGGUGAAACAAAUGAAUAACAUUUUUGUGCAAAAACUGUGGUUUGUUAUGCUGGAACAGUUCUUCAUGAAAUAUGUGUGGUCGGGCACGGGUAUGGUCAUGGUGUCUUUGCCGAUUUUGACUGGGUCUGCGGGAUCAGCAGCAACAGCAGCUGGCACAAAUUCCUCAAAUCCCGUGGCCAAGGAUUCUUUGGUCAGUGAACGUACCCAGUAUUUGACAACGGCCCGCAAUCUCUUGAUUUCAGCUUCCGAUGCAAUUGAGCGCCUUAUGUCUUCCUACAAAGAAAUUGUGGCCCUGGCCGGUUACACCAGCCGGGUGGCGGGUAUGUUUGAGGUAUUUGAACAGACAGCCCAGGGUAUUUACAACAAGAACACCGUUGCCAAGAGCAAUGAAACCACCAGCAUUAUUGAAUUCCGUAAUGGCUUGCCAGUGGCCAAGGGUCGCAUUGUAUAUACCAGCCCCGAUAGUACGUCGAUAUCGCUGCGGGCCGUGCCUGUGGUGACACCAAAUUGUGAUGUGGUUGUGCCUUGCCUGAAUUUGGACAUUGAACCGGGCAUGCAUUUGCUCAUCACUGGACCCAAUGGUUGUGGAAAAUCAAGUUUGUUCCGUAUUCUAAGUGGCCUGUGGCCAAUCUAUGCUGGGGAAUUGCACAUACCCAAACCGGUGGAGGAGAAGCCGUGUAUGUUCUACAUACCACAACGGCCCUACAUGUCGAUUGGCAGUCUUUGUGAUCAAAUUAUCUAUCCCGACAGCCGAGAGGACAUGAUACGCAAGGGUGUGACGGAGAAUGAGCUGAGAAGCAUUAUGAAAAUGGUAACACUGGAACACAUUGUCGAUCGUGAUGGCUUCGAUGUGGUGCGUGAUUGGAAGGAUAUUCUGUCGGGUGGUGAAAAGCAACGCAUGGCCGUGGCAAGGUUAUUCUAUCACAAACCCAAAUAUGCCCUACUUGAUGAGUGUACCAGCGCCGUGUCCAUUGAUGUGGAGAGCAAUAUGUAUGAGAGUGCCAAGAAUAUGGGCAUUACCCUACUGACAAUAACACAUCGACCCACGCUCUGGAAAUUCCAUACCCAUAUAUUGGAGUUUGAUGGUUUGGGUAACUGGUGUUUCCGCAAACUGGAACCGAACGAGACACAAAAGCAGUAUAAUUAGAAACAGAAACAAUGUAUGCAAGUUAAGUUUUGAUAUCAAUUUGAUGUUGUUGUAAUUGUUAUUAUUAUUAUUUUUAUU